AUGAUGCAAAAGCUACAACAAAUUCCGAAUGUCAAGACUGACAACUACGAAUCAUGGGUGAAGUUCGGAACCGGUGUGGACAACUUGGUCUCCACCAUCAAAUCUUUGGGUGCAAAACAGCAACUACCAAAUCCUUCACUUGUGGACGAACUUGUGAAGAAAUUGCCUGCUCAAAAAGCUAUGGAAUGGGAAGAAUUCAAAUUGAGGAAGAAACUGAAAUUUCCCUCAUUGUCACAUCUUGCCAAAUGGUUACAGCCAACGGUGGAAGCAGCCUACGCACUGUGCCCACUCCCCGGAACCUCCACAGAGAAAUUGUCGACUGAAAAGCCAAAUCACGACAACCGACGGCAGCCAGCCAACCAGAGAGGAGUCCGAAAGAAUGACCGAGUCAUGGUCACGACAGAGAAGAAUGAAGCCAGACAGGAAGCCGAUGUGAACACACGCUGGGCCAUGGUCAAGGAGAAGGGAUGUUGCAUAGGGUGUCUCAACAGGGGUCAUCGUAUGCACGAAUGCCGAAGCAAACGAGUCUGCGGGAUAGAAGGAUGCCAGCAAACUCACUGCCAAUUACUCCACAACAGAAACGCCAGAAAUUCAGAAGAAUCAUCCCACAUUACGCAACAGCAAAGAAACCAGUCAUCUGAACAGGAAGUUGCUCUCAGCGCAGUCAGCGGACGGAGUAACUGCAACAUCAAUUAUAACGUGAUUCCAAUUUACGCCAAGCGAAGAGAUGGACAAUUGUUGCCGAUGUACAUGGUGCUAGAUGGAUAUGCAUCGCUCACAUCAGCAGAUGACUCAAUUCGACAGCAAUUAAAUGUGGAUGGGAGGAGACGACCUCUCACGGUGCAAGGAUUUCAAUCCACCACCACCACGCCAAACUCGUAUGAAGUGGAUAUCGAAAUCGUGUCAAGAUUAGAUGGAAAAUCUUACACGUUACGCAAUGUGAGAACAGUCCCCAAGUUGGAUCUGCCAAGCCAGUCAUUAACAAAGGAAACCCUGAAACGAUUCUCGCACAUUGAAGGAACCCCUAUCCUGACUUAUCAAAAUGUUGUCCCAACUAUUCUCGUUGGAAUGGACAAUUUCGAGUUGCAUCUACCUGAAGAAAUGAAGAUUGGAAGAUUUGGAGAGCCAGCAGCAAUUCGCACAGCAAUGGGAUGGGCAUUAGUGGGGCCGACCGCCUCACCCCCAAAGAAAUUGCAUCAUGCAUUUCACAUCAACGACCAACAAGACGACCCACUACAUCAAUUAGUAAAGCAGUUCUUCACUACUGAAUAUGUAGGUGUCAAGCCAAAUCUGGAGAAGCCAAGGUCAAGAGAUGACAUCAAAGCCCAAGUCAUUAUGGACCAGACAAUACGACGAGUUUCGCACGGAUGGGAGAGCGGACUGCUCUGGAGAUAUGAAGAUGUGAAACUUCCCUUCAACAAGAAUUACGCGUUUCAACGCCUGAAGUCCAUGGAGAAGAAAAUGGACCAAGACCCAGAAUUUGCACGCCAGUAUGUGGAGAGAAUUCAGGAAUACCAAGAUAAAGGAUUCGCCAAAAUCCUGCCGCCAGAAAAAGCCGCAAUCGAAACGAGCCGCACUUUCUACCUGCCGCAUUUCAUGGCCUACAACGGCAAGAAACCCAAGAAGUACCGCUUCGUUUUCGACGCCGCCGCCAAAGUAUACGGGAAAAGCCUCAAUGAUCACCUCCUGCAAGGACCAGACAAAUUGGUAUCCUUACCCGGUGCUCUGUUCAAGUUUCGCCAAAGGAGAAUUGCGGUCACAGGGGACAUUAAAGACAUGUUCCACAGAAUCAAAAUCCGAGAGGAAGACGCUUCUGCUCAACGCUUCCUCUGGAGAGGAAUGGAUCGCGACAGAGAUCCCGACGUGAUGGAGAUGGGCGUCCUGAUUUUCGGAGCGUCAUGCUCACCAGCCUGCGCCCAAGAAGCCAAAAAUAAGAAUGCCGAGCAAUUCAAAGAAGAAUUCCCCGACGCCUACAAAGCAAUAGUUCAUCGCCACUACAUGGACGAUUUAUUGGAUAGCUACGACACGGAAGCCCAAGCAAUUCAAAUGCAAAAGGACAUCUUUGAGGUCCACCGCCGAGGGUCAUUCCAUAUCUGCAAUUGGUUAUCAAAUAGCCCAGAAGUCAUGAAGGCCAUCCCUGCAGAACUUCAGUCAAAGACAAGUCAGAGUCUCGACAUCAAUAAGGAGGACCAGAUUGAGAGAGUUUUAGGACUCUUUUGGAUGCCGGAGGAGGAUAACUUCACAUUCUGCUUGAAGUACCUCAAAGUCAGUGAAGACGUCAUGAAAGGAAGACGCAUUCCCACCAAGAGAGAAGUACUUUCACUCGUUAUGUCGGUAUUCGACCCACUCGGAUUCUUAUCCACAUUGACAAUCAAAGCUAAGAUGAUUUUGCAAAGAACAUGGAUAUCAGAGAUAGGAUGGGAUGACGAGAUUCCCUCGUCUACUCAUCAAGCGUGGAAACUGUGGCUGACAUUAUUGGAAAGUAUCACAGAGUUCAAGGUACCGAGAUGUUACAGCCCUACUUUCUCUCGGUCGACAGACAACCAGCUACACAUCUUCGGAGACGGAAGCGAAGAGGCGUUUGGAGUUGUAGCUUACUUUCGGAUCGCACACGGUAGCCAAGUAACUACAGCCCUGGUCAUGGCGAAAGCAAAUGUCGCCCCAAUCAAACACCUCACAAUCCCUCGUAUGGAAUUGUCGAGCAACUUGCAGCCUAUUGGGUCCUUCGACCGUCACGACUUGUUUGGAAGAAAGCAAUGGAGAUGUGUCCAAGUGAUGGCAGAUCAUUUUUGGAAGAAGUGGACAAAAGAGUAUCGACCCACGCUACUCCGACGCCAUAAGUGGUGCCAGACCACCAAGCCGAUCAAAGUUGGAGACGUCAUUCUUGAAGUGAACGACAAUUUACCCCGAAAUACCUGGCCAAUGGGAAGAGUGAUCAAGCUGUAUCCAGGAAAAGAUGACGUAAUCCGGGUAGUAGACAUUAAAUUAGCAAAUGAUGUUGACGAAGAGAAGACGGCGACUACGCAAAGUAGUACAAAUGUAAACAAUUAUACGGAUGGGAGAAUGUUGUCGCCGUGA